AAAAGUCUCAGUUGGGGCUCACAGCCCAGAAAGCGAGCAUCUUGAAUCUCAAACUUACUUCCUAAAUAAUCCCAACACUCGUCGUCGUCAGCUUCGCCACCUUUACAAUUUCUUAACGUCAGUCAAAGGCAGGAUUAACUCGGAUAAUUAUUCCGAGCAGAAGGGUAUACAUACAAAAAUAAUUUGACAUUUAACAAAAUACAAUCAGCAUCAUGCAAAAAAAUUAAAUAAGCCAAUUCUCCACCGGUGUGUUUACAUACAAUUUGUCCGAAAAUGUCUCACUUUAAGAAUUUGCAACUCGAAACUGUUCCAGUUUUCUAGUUCAACGUGCUCUCUCUCUCUCUCUUGAUAUCAACAAGAAGAAUACGUAAAAAAAACUUUAGUUGUUGCAAACUUGGAGGAAGAUAACAAUAAAAGAAAUUCAUCCCAUCCCGGUCCGUGCUAAUGUUUCUGGAUUGACUAUUGACUAUUACGUCGCUCACUCAGUCACUCACUCACUUUCACUACAACCAAAUACGUACGUACGGUGUGUAGUGGUAGGAGUGGUGGUUUGUGUGGAGAAAACCACAUCAACACCGACCAACCCACCAUAGAAGACUUGUUGGCUGGUCCGUUGCCAAAACUCGGCUGGGGAAGGAGCAGAGAGGAAAAGUUUGGUAAUAAUAUUUGUGAAGAACAUGAACAUGAUCUCCUGUUUUUGGUAGGAUUGUCUCCUUCUCGACGUCAACGUAACUGGAGACAAAGAUCAUUUUCUGAUCCGUUUUCUGCGUCCACAGUCAAAGUCCGACUUCUUCUUAUCUCUCGCCCUCAUUCCCAUGGAUGUAUGAUGAUGCAAUGAUUACAAAUUGUCACAACCACUACACACGAGUUGAACAUGGUCUGGUGACACAGAAAAAAUAGAAUACAGAAAGAACAAUAGAUACCAUUAAACAUUGCUGUCAGUUUGAGGAAAGUGUUAAUAUUGACAGAAUUGAGUUGACACUGCUUGACGGAAAUCACAUUUUCCCCUGUUGACAAUCAGCCCAAAAAGAGAUAGCAAUUAGUUGAAUGGAUGCAACAUUUGUUGGCUCGUGUUGUGAAGAUAUUUUGGUUUCAGUCGCCCACAACCACUUGACUAGUUAACAAGUAACAAGCCGAAAUUAUAAGUAACAACUCAACUCGACCAGACCAGAGCGUGGUGAGCCAUUCUGUACUUUCUCUUGAUUUGUAAUUUGACACUAUAAAUUUUCCCAGCAGUAAUAACGAGUGAAAGUUGGAGUGAGAAUUCCAGACAUACAUAGUUUUGCAACAUAGCUCAUCUUACCCGUCUGUUAAUUCGACCGUUAUUAUUAGUUACCAACCACAGAAAUCCAAAACUGUACGGUCGACGAGAGAAAGUAUCGUCCCAAACUAAAUCCCUCUUCGUUACGAUUUGCGAGUUGGAUGGAGAUCUCGGCAGGACUGGCAUAUUGACGUAUUUCCCACCAAGAAACAAAAACAAUUUGUUCUAUUAAUCUGUAAAAAAAAAAAAAAUUGGUGGCAGUAGACUAUCCUCGUUUUUGGGAAGUUCUUGCAGCCCAGGAUUGGAUUAAUAAUUGAACCUGUCUCUCACGUCAUCAUCAUUGCCAUCAUCAUCAUCAUCAUCCCUUCGUGAAGGAACAACGGUACUGAAAAUGAAGAGUUCAAACUUUCCCUUGUUUGACGAGCGGAGAAGAAUCGGAUUGGGAGCAGCACGACUUGGGUACAACAGAGCCGUUCUUCUCGUACUCGUCUGGAUAUCUGGACUACAUGUCUUGGGUUCCGAUGGAUUGAAGGACGUCCAACUUCAAGGGCCAAAUUAUGUCCGACGUGGCGAAAACUUGAAGCUACGUUGCAACUACGAUACCGAAUCGGAGUCGCUCUAUGCUUUAAAAUGGUAUCGCGAAUCGGAAGAGUUUUAUCGAUACAUCCCCAAAGAGGUGCCAGCCCAACAAGUUUUCCCGUUAAGCGGAAUAGUGGUCGAUAUGAACAGUUCGGACGACCAUAAUGUGAUACUGCAAAACGCUUCAAGGUUAACCGGAGGUAAAUUUAAAUGCGUCGUUUCGGCAGAAGGGUCAUUUCAGACCAAGUUGGAUGCAAAAAAUAUCUCCACAGUGGCUGUUGGAUAUGACGCUCCGAAACUUUUCCUAUCGAAACUCUCCUAUCAUCCUGGGGAAAUUGGGGAAGCCAAUUGCACUCUCGAGAAAACGUUUCCACCUGCCAAUAUUUCUUGGUUAAUAAACGACAAGCAAGUUGCAGUUCGACAAUUUCUCACCCGUACGACGGAGGACCCUUCCGACGCGACUUUGACGUCGACAUUUUCGACCCUCAUUUUCAACGUGUCUAAUUCGUAUUCACCCAUGUUUAUAAAAUGUAUAGGAGAGUUGUACGAUUUGUAUAUGGAAACCACGGUCAUUAAAAUUCAACCGAGAGCGCCAUCCUACUCCAGUUUUGGUGGCGUGCCUGAUCCUCUAAGAGGAGCGUCGAACAGUACCGACUCGAGAGGGUCGGCGUCGAGAGAAAGCCAUCUGUCAACUCUUCUGCUCAGUGCUCAACCCUUCCUCCUCCUCUCACUUCAGGCCAGACUUCUUGGUGGUGGUGGGUGGCGACACAUUCCUUCUUCUUCUUCUGGGAUUCGGAUUUAGAUUGCUCUCAUCUUUCUUAACCUGCUAAACCGUUGAAUUCCUGGGGCUUAACCUCUACCACGACGAAACCAAACCAUCCAUUUAUUUUACAACUACGCUAUAAAACGCUACACGGCCCUUCCACCGGUUUCACUUUCUCUCUCAACUCAACUCCUCAACCGGACAGGGGAUGGAUAGAUUAUAAAUAGAAAGAAACUUUUCUUCGUCGUCUUCACCUUCUCAUUACAGGUUGCAGUUGGGGUAAUGGAUAUUGAUUGGACCUACUUCAUCUUGUGGGGGAAAGUUGGUUGGGAGUGUUAUGUAUUUAAUUAUUUACAUACGUUCGUAAUAAAAGAUUUAAGUAUUUAUAUACGAGAUACGACAAAAAAAAUCCUGCACUCAUUCAUUGUAAAACUCUGAGGACAGUGAAUUAACGUUAUAGCGAACAGCAUUACUUCAUUGGUAUUAAAUUUGGAUUUACAUAAUGAUAACAGACCAAAGAUUUAACUAGUUUAUUUAGUUGUGUAAUUCUUGCUUAAAAAUGUUUAUCAACUAAAUACAUACAUACAUACAACAAUCUCACUUUCAUACAAGUUAUUAGUUAUUACAACUUAAUUGCUUAUGAUAAGGUACACUUUUAUGAGUUGAUUUCUAUAGGAUAAGAUAAUUAUCUUGGUAUCUAGAUGAAAUGAAAUGUAAAGAAUAAUAAUGUUUAAUAUAGUGUAAUUGUAACACAAUCAAAUCGAUUUACCUGGGUAUAAUAUUUGUCAUUUGUGAAAUAAAUCAAUGUAAAAUAAAAUAUUAUAGAGGUGACAAACAUAAAUAAAUGGGAUAUAAAUAAUG